AUGGGCGCAGUAGCGACAGGGCCUAACCCCAUCCCAGUCUCCCCAUAUUGGAGCAAGAAGUUGCCUGAUAGAGAGGAGAAGGAGAAUGCCGAGGGUCCGGACUUAGGAGAGAACCAGCAACCCUUGGCAAUACAGUCUCACGCCGGGACAACGUUGCUAACUGAGGAAGGACAUACGAGUAAAAGGGACCACCGCAGCGAGCUACACAGCGAUGCGGGGAUGCGUGAGACGAUAGGACACGCGGCACUGUCACCGGAGGUGGCAACUGCGCGCGACCCGCCGGCAGUCCCACUGCCAGAUGGGGCUGGGUGCCGACGGGAUGCUUUCGUUGGCAACACAUUUACGAGAGGUCGUAUUAGUCAGUCCCGAGACUGCCCUCAGAGUAGGGUGGCGGGACGGUCCGAAGGGGACCUCGCGCAAGACACAAGCGUCGUGCUGCCACAGUGGUGGCAAAGUCUCUUUCUAAAGGAAGACGCCGGUAAAGGGUUGGCGAUUAGUCGGGUACGAGCCAUUGCGGAGCCAUCAGCAAAGGGCCCAAGUGGAGGGGCGCAACAGAGGCCCCCUGCAAAGCAGACGUGUGGGACAUUGGACGAGAAGCUGCAGCGCGAACGCCAGCCUCUCCACGAAGGGAGGGGGAAGAAGUGCCCGUGCACUCGCACGCGCACUAUUACCACAGUCGGUGUCAAGUUGUACAAGAGUAGAGCUCAUAGACAUGUAGUUAGAACCACAUCAGGCCCACUACACAAAAGGCGGUCCACUAGGAGGGUAGGUACAAGAGUAAAGGAAAAGAAAGGAAGAAAGAGAAGGAAACGAUAG